AUGAUUGUAAUCCCAAGAGGCAAAGCAGUUGAAUUUGGAAUUUCGGUCAUUCCGAAUUGCAUUUGUAAUAUAUCAGAUGAUAUUCUUUUAAUUUCAGUCAACUUAAAAAUUGGUGUAACUGGGACGAAUAAUAUCAAAAUUGGGUUUUCGACUGAAAUCACGACAAAACUCGACUAUGACGAAAUCAACAAAGAUAAAAAAGUUGGCGAAGGAUCUUUUGGUAUUGUUUACAAAGGCACUUUUAGAGGAAAUAUUGUUGCUAUCAAACAAAUGAAAAACUCAAAUCAUUUGGAUGAUCAAAUGGCAGAGUUUACAAAAGAAGUUGAAAUGUUAGACAAAUUCCGAAGUGAGUAUAUUGUUCACUUUUAUGGGGCAGUUUUUGAUAUAAACAAAACAUGUAUGGUCACUGAAUUUGCAAAAUUUGGGUCUUUAAAUGAUUUAAUAAGUUACAAGUUGUCUACAGAAAUUAACACAAAAAUAAGGGUGAAACUAUUGCUUGAUGGAGCAAAAGGAAUUUCUUAUUUGCAUUCAAACGGGAUAUUACACAGAGAUAUCAAACCCGAACAUUUCUUGGUAUUUUCACUUGAUAUAAACGACAAAGUUAACGCGAAGUUGACUGAUUUUGGGUCAAGUAGAAACAUCAAUUUGUUAAUGACCAAUAUGACUUUCACGAAAUGUAUUGGAACACCAAGUUACAUGGCACCCGAAGUAUUAAAGAAGGAACACUACAAAAGUGUAGCAGAUGUGUACUCAUUUGGAAUCACAAUGUAUGAAACUUUUGCUUGGAAAGAAGCGUAUCCAACAAACAAAUUCAAAUUUCCAUGGAAAAUAGCAGAGUUUGUUAUGUCAGGCAAGCGCGUCGAAAAGAUUGAAACUAUGACUGAUAAGGAAUAUGAAAUCAUUCAGAAAUGUUGGUGCACAAAUCCAAUUGAUCGUUUGAACAUAACGCAAAUCAUAGAAGAACUAGAUUCUUUUUUAUAA